UGUCAACAAGGCUUAGCUCUGUGUUUUAUCGUGCCCGGGCGUUGUCGAUGUGCGUCGUUAAUUUGCGACCCUUCUUGCUGUUCGCUACUGCGUCUUUGGUCGAUUUUCUUGUCGGGAACAUCAUCGUGAAACCUGACUCAAGCAGAUCUGCUCACGGUAUCCAUGGGUGAACCUUCGAGCAUCAUUGAGAAUUUGGUGUUGGCCUGUGACGUUCCACCCGCAUCGCAUGAGCUGACCGUUGUAACAGAACCGGAUGGCCCUGCUGACAGCCUACUGACUCAAGAGGUUCAAUUGGCAAUGCCAAAGCCAGAAGAAACAUCUAAACCAAAGAAAACGCAACGAGUGUCAAGAGUGAUGACUAUCUUGACCACACCUUCACCCACAGAAAAGCUCGGGGAAAGGAGUGCUCCACCAAUCUCAAAAGUGAACUCAAACUUUCCAAAAGGAAGGAUUGUGACCCCUGUUGCAGCUGCGCCAGACAGCGGUGGAGGUAGUGUCUCCGAGGCAUUACCAAAGAGCUUUCCGCAUGUGGUUCCUGUAAAACUAUGGCAUAACCCAGCGCCAAUGAUUCGUGUGAAUAAGCCUAGUACAUUGCAACACCCACUGGGUCAGUUGGAGGCAAACUUAGGCAGGCCAUCCACACUGCUUGUGAAUAACGAAAGUGGCAUGCACUCCACUGCUGGCAGUAAUGAUAACACUAUUCUAGUUGUCAAGAAGAUGCAGAACGGCAGGACUGUCAUAACAGCACAACCGGCAAAAUCCGGCAGCAAGGAGCCAAGCUGUGGCAGCAUGUCCCAGCAAUGUUCGCCCUGUCACGUAGGUGGAGCCUUGAGUAAAGUGACAGCAAGCACCAUCAAGCUGACAACACCUGUAAAUAAUUUUGUGAAGGUCACUGCAAAUGCUCCAAAAAUGGUGGUCACAGAGUCACACCUGUUCGCUGCAGCUAUCCCAACUGUAAAGUCACAAGGGUGCUCAAGAGAGAGCAGCAGUCAGACAACCGGGAAAGUGGCUAAAUGCUCGACGUCAGUACAAAGCUGGCAUUCUCCUGCAGUCCGCAUAACACCGAUACAAGGCUCCACUACGGGCAAGACAGUUGUUGUGAUUCCACCUCAAGGAACAACGAUGCCCAUCAGUCCUGCUAUGAGCAGUAGCGAUGUUUCACCCACUGCCUCUAGCAAGCCAGUGGAUGAGGGGAGGCCUGCAGGGAAGCAGAAAAGAGUUGCUGCAGGGGUGCAGGAUGUAAACGAAACAACACAGACCAUUGAGUUUGCAUCUGGACAGCAGCAAGACGAGGAUGGCUGCGGCAUUAAGAUUUCAGACGUCAUCAGCUUGGCUGGAAAAGAAGGUCUGACUUUUCCUGAACUAGCAGUCCCACAAGAGACUGGAGAAAAUGAAUCACUUGAUGCCAGUAGUACAAAGAGUGGUGGUGAGACCUACAAGAAGCCUGAUACAAAUGGAGAUGAGGAAACCAACUCAAAACUUGAAAUGCCUCCACUCCCAUCUUGCAUGCUUAGUGUGGGGGCAAAUGGGUCAGAUGGGGAUGUUAUCGAGCUGUGUUCAUUUCAAGCAAAGACAGGAAAUUCUGUUAUUGGAUCAAAAAUUGUGUUCAAACCUGCACCUCAAGGCAACGCAAGCAGAAGCACUUGUCCAAGUUCUAAGGUAGAUAUGCUGAACAAGCUGAAGGAGGCCAUCAAGGCACUUGAAGAGCCUACGCUUCAGGAUUGCAACUUGUUUACUGAGAAAGAAAAGGGCUGGUUGGCAUCUCUAUUACAUCGGUUCGAAAAGGAUGCCCGGGUUUCAGAAGCAAGCAAGAGAGACCCUGAACAAUGUUCAAGUGGUCCGAAUGUGGUGGUUGAUAAAAUAAAAACAGAGCCUGGAGUUUCAACUGACACCUUGCCUAUAAAACCAUACCAGAGGGACCCUGAACAAGGUUCAAGUGGCCUGAACGUGGCGGAUGUCGGCAAGCUUCAAGGAAAGUCACUGGACACAAACGUUAAAAUAAAAAGAGAGCCUGGAAUUUCACCCGACACCUUGCCUCGAAAAGCAUACCAAGGGGUCCCUCAACAAGUUUCGAGCAAUUUCAACACAGCAGAUGCAGAAAAAGUUCACCUCAAAUCAUCACAUGAUCAGAGCAGAGGAGUUAACACAAAAACAAAACCUGAAUCUCUGCACCACUCAGUGCCCAGUGCCAAGAAUGAGGAUGCAACUGUGCAAAAAGAGAGUAUCGCUCAUAAACCUCUCCGUCGUAUCGUCAUCACUUCAGAUGAGCUUCCAUCGCUCAGCUCUGAUGAAGUGAAAAAUGGACUUGAGGCAUUCCUCGUUAAGAACAACAUAUCCAACAAUUUUUCCAAAGAUGAAAUUAUUAACCUGCACUGGGAUGGAAAAGAUGUGAGCACAUUUCACUUUCGAAAUGUAGAUAGUGAGGAGCUGCAGCAGCCACCUAUAGGGAUCGUAAAGACGAACAGGCCUUCUAUUCUCAGGCCUGUGAAGGUGCCUCAACCUGCAGGGGGCAUCAGCACUGAACCUUUUACGACUGCCACGGAGACGAGCAGCAAGGAAACAGUUUCCGAACCUGUGCUUUCUCAGGCUGAGAAAGUUGUGGAAGAGUUGAUUGUUCCCAUCGAUGGGUCUGCAGUGCCAGCCGGCUUUAAGGCAGUCAAGCUCAACUGCCGCACGGAUACUGGAAAGGUGGCUGAUCUUGCACCUCCAAUAGCAUCAAAGCCCGAGUCCUCUGCUGAAGCUGACGAUGCAGAAAGGAUAUUUGAGCCAGAAUGCCUGCUUGAGGUGUACAACAAUACAUUGGAACUUGCACCAUUACAGAGAGGAGGAAUGAAUGAUGACAGUUUGUCUGACACAUCCAGCACGAGCAGCUCAGAUGCUAGUGGUGACUAUGUUCCGCCAGUUGUAAAUAAAAAAAAGGAGCAGCCGCCAGCACCAAAGCGUUCGCCCCCCAAAAAAUCGACAUUAUUAAGGGAAUACAGAACGCGCAGGCGAAAGAGGCAGUGCAGAAAACAAGACCCCCAGGUGGUAGCCCCAAGUGCCAAGCGCAAUGCAAGCAACAAGAAUGAUAAUGUAAAUGUGGCCAUGAUGUCGUCAAAAAACUGCAUUGACAGACCAUGUGUUGUGAGCAUGUAUCACCUGAAUGACCAAGUGCUUGCGAACGGCUUUGUGAACCUGACCACUGUCAAGCACGAGGAUCUCUUUCUGUUGGCAUCCAGCCCGGUGGUGAGGUUAUCACCAGACAAGCUGGUCUCAGUGGUUGAACUGAAGCCCCGAGCGUCGGACACUUUGCAGCAGAGUGCAGAGGUGUCUAGCAUUACAGAUACAGACAAUUUGGAGCGGUUGCUUAAGGAACAGCAAAACGAACUGGUACAGCUGCGCAAGAAAUACAAGAAGCUAAGCCCUUAG